AUGUCAUUGAAUGAAUUGUUCCACGGUAAUCAACACGAUGAUACCAAGAAGAAGCCUAGAAGAAACUCUUCUACCGAAGUGCUACAAUAUUUCUACAAGGGUAAGGAGACUGAUCUGGUGAUAUAUGUUACGUCGCAGGCUGCUGCUGACGACUAUUUGGCAUCGCCAUCUCCUUCCAAGCUGGCCAAUGUUGUUGAAGUGUUCAAAGUCUUCACUAACUUGGACGGUAAAGGUGCCACUGGUACAUUCGGUGAAGCUUCAAAGGCUCAAUUAGAGAACGAAUUCGGAAAGGGUAAGAAGGUAGAGGAAGUCAUUGGAUUGAUCCUGAAGGAAGGUGUUCCAAACGGUAAGACCAACAGGGUCAAGACCGAAGGUAACUUCCAAAAGUAA